ACUGAAGCUAAGUUUGGAGUAACACAAAUUGUUAUAAUUAAUUUUUAAUUAUUUUUCAUUUUCAUAUCUUUUGUCCAUCUUUUGUCGCACCGUAUUCAAAUGGUAAUGAUGCGUAAAAUUUAAUUAACAGCAUUUCUACACAUCCAACUGAUAGAUCAUAUCACCUAUCUCUACGCUUCGCGGAUUCCGAUGAAUUGAAACAAAUAACUAGCAAAGAUUCACUACCGUUUGGGUUAGUUUUAGCCAAACUUUAGCACCCACGACAUGCCUUCCACUGUUUGGUGCUACCUUUUCGCCAUUGCUGCAUUUGUUUUCGUUCCCGCCACCAACGCACUGGGAAGGCGAAAUAAAGAGCUAGUGAUUGAUAAAGCGAAAACAUGCCAAACGAAUAAAACCGAAUCAUUUUUGAUAAAGUUCAUCAUUCCGGCAAACUUCACGUCCAGCAACAAUGUGGUGCGCUUUUACGGGAACUUUUCCGUCGUACAACAGAUUCGACCGCCGCUGGAGCUCACACUAGUGGCGUAUCGCUGCACGCUCGAUUUGCAAAACUGCCAACGGUACAAUGCGGUGCAGGUGCCGAAAAUUUGCUCCUUUUUGGCCGAUACCAACUCGUUCUGGUCACCGUUUGUGCGCAGCAUCGAGCCGACAGUGAAGUGCCCCCUGCAACCGGCAACGUACGUGUUUAAGGAUUCCGCGUUUGAUUUGAGCUUUUUUACCAGCUUUCCACUGGACGGGUACACCUGGCAAGUGACGAUGAAGCUGUACAGCACAGCCGUCACGCCGAAGAAGGAAGUGUUUUGCUUCGCUGCGCAAGCUACGCUGAAAACAGUCCGCCGACCUUAGCCAUAGUUAAGGGAGUGUAAAGUCUAGUGCAAACGAGUGAGCUCAGUCUCAACAUUUAAAUAAAACUAAAUUAUCAGCAAGUUUUACUACACCAUUGAGUAGGAGGUAGCGGAUGUACUCUGCCAAAA